UUGGUAGCCUUGAAUGUUCUGUCACGGCGUGAACAUUUCCUAACCCAAAACCAUAUUCUACAUUGCAUAUUAAUUAAAGCAAUAAUCUGCUUGUAUUUAAUUGUAACGUAAAGUUUGAGAAGUUUGUAUUAUUAAAAUGGCAGAAGCAAUGCGGCAAACCGUGGCUGGUAUGCUGAAAGGCAUUGAAAGGUAUAAUCCAGAUCAUUUAGCAACUCUGGAAAAAUAUGUUGAAAUACAAUCAAGAGAAAAUGCAUAUGACUUAGAAGCUAAUCUAGCAGUUUUAAAACUUUAUCAAUUAAAUCCGCAUAGAUUCAAUAUGGAUAUUACUUGUCAGAUAUUAUUAAAAGCCCUGACAAAUCUGCCUCACACUGAUUUUGUUCUUUGCAAAUGUCUCCUCAGUGAAAGAAUCAUGCAAGAAAGUCCUAUUAGCGAAAUUAUGUACCUAGGAGAUAUUUUAGAGCAGUGUGACUUUCAGCACUUUUGGGACAGAGUAUUUUCAAUGUCUGAACUUUGCGACAGAAUUGUAGGUUUCCAAGACUCAAUAAGGAAGUUUGUUUGCCAUGUAGUGGGAAUAACAUUCCAGACUAUAGAUAAGAGUCUACUGGCACAACUACUUGGCGGUGUUGAUGAUAAUACCCUAAAACAUUGGGUGAAAAAAUAUGGAUGGAAGGAAGAGAGUAAAACGAUUAUCUUUAUCGCCAAUCAAGACGAAAACAUAAAGACAAAGAAUAUUACAGAAAAAAUAGACUUUGAAAACGUUGCUGGUUUAAUGGCUGCUUGCCUUUAAAAUCUACUUUUCAAAUAAAUGCUUUUCGUACACAAAA